GCUCAAGGUAGUAGGACUGCUUUCUCGACCUUCAAUUCCUAUGGACGAUCGCAAACGGCGAUUAGGAGCAGACGAUAAUGCCAGCAGUGUAUCCAGCACUGCGCCUAGGCCACCUCUCAAAAAGAGAUUCACUGGCACUGGCCCAACGAACUUCUCGACCCCUUCGUCGCCUGUAAAGGCUGAACCGAUGCAACUGGUUAUUGAUACUAAUGUCUUGGACCCUGAAAAAGAAUCAAAGUAUUCCUUAUUGCGAAGCAUGAAGGAAUCAAAGGCAGAGCUCCAUGAAGCCGAAGAACGGAUUGAGGAACUGGAAUCAAUGAGUAAAUCUCUUGGAAUGUCUUUCUUCACUAUUGAUGUGUUGUGGAAAAUGACCCAAGAAGACCUUAAAUUGAUGCAAUCAACUGUUCAAUCUCUCAAUGACAAUGUUACUUUUGACUCUCAAUCUGUUCUCUCUGAAACCCCACUGGGAAAAAAUGAACUUAGCAACAAUUUAGAACAAAGACACCAUGACACUACUAGCUUGGCGAAAAAGGUUGUAUCAGCUGUAAAACUAUCGUUAGAAAAGGCAGAUCGACUGAAGCAAACCAUGGACGGAGAAGCUGAUGCGACAAAGCGUAAAGAGAUAGCGGAAAAAAGUGUGCGUGCAGAAAUGUCUGAACUGGACGGUCUGGCCGGUCGACUGGCAAAGUUAGUACAAGACAUGGAUCAUCAAAUCAAUACUUUAUCAAGCCAGCGCGGAAACAUGAAAAGCGUGCUGGAGAAUGCUUUAAAGCAAGUUCAAGCCGACGAAGAAGAAGCUGAAAGUGUAAAUGCAGAAUUGCAAGCCGCAGAAAAACGUCGUGACCGAUCACGGAGCGCAUAUAUAGCAUCUCUAGCCAGCGGUGGACUUGGUGGUAAAUUGGAGAGUAGCACUGAAGGUAAACCCGCAGAUGAAUCUGCACAAAACAGCACAGUGACGACACCGACGAAUCAGAACGAAACCAGUAUCAUUCGACCCGAUACCGUUGAAGUGUCAAACAAAACAAUUGACCAGGCCCUCAUGGAGCAAAUUGCGGAAAAUCAAAUACUAGUAACCUAUCGUCAAAAGGAAUUGGAUACAUUAAACAAUGAAAGACAGCAGUUACGCCAGGAUAUUGAUCAACUUGCGGCGCGGGUCGCCAACAUGUCUUCUGAUCGCCUGACUGAUACUGCCUACUUCAAAAAUUUACAAUGUUCAUACGAAUACUUCCAGGACAAGAGCGAUGCUUUGGAGAAUCGGAUCACCCAGUUGAGCCGUGAAUGCGAUACGUGUCGAGCAGAUAUCCGAGUUUUGGAAGAGCAAGCACGUUUCAAUCAUUCGACUAGUAAAACUGCUAUGGAGACGGAGAUUCGACGACUAGAAGGUGAUUUGGCGCGAAUAAAGAAGACAAGAGAUCACUCACAAGCUCUGCUCGACCAGAUUCAAAGUCGAGAAGAAUCCGUUAUGGCCAAAUUUAAUGAACAAGUACAACUUCUAGAUACUCGAAAGGCCGAUAUCCAAGCUGUUGAAGCUGAUAUUAAGCGACUGCAACAGAGUAACUUGGAAACGACGCAAGGUUUGUUCGAAGCUCUGGGAAUACCUCAAGCUGAGGCUGAUGCUAUUCAAGAAGCACAAGCGCGCAUAAAGCAAGCGGAAUCACAGCUUGAAGAUGUUCGCGAUAAACUUGCGGCCUAUGAUUAUGCGAAGAGUACUACGAUGGACAUAAAGUCACUUGAAGAUGCUGAAUAUAAAGCUCGACAUGAGGCAGAUGCUCUCAAACACCAAAUAGAAACAUGGUCAAAGGAAUAUACUGGAGACCAUGUGCGAUCUGACGUUAAAGAAAUGAUACAGAAACUCGUGCAGCAAAAUCGAACUAUCGAACAGCUAAAAAUGACAGUGGAAGUUCUUGAACCUUGCGAGGCUACUAUUCUCACUCAAAUUGAUCAAGAUGGUCUUGCCCAUGAUAAACUUCAAGAGCAAAAUAGCCGCGAAGUGUUUAGUUUCAUCGUCCAUAAUGACACCAUUGCAAAAUUGCGGGCCGAGAUUGCAAAAUAUGCACAGACUUUCUCACGCUUAAAGAGUCAAAGAGAAGUCGAGGCUAAUCGUAUGCAUGGGCUCAAGAAAACAAACGAGCAGCAGUCAGAGCAUAUAAAGCAACUACAUGAACGUGAGCAGAACCUGUUAGGUCAAGCGACAAGUAAAUCUCAAGAUCUUACUAAGAAGAAAUACGAAAUUGAACGAAUUCGACUGCAAAUAGAGGCAGGUACAAACAACAUCAAGGAGCUUAAGAAUAAACUUUCCGAGCAAGAGUUCCAAGCAAAUGAGCUUCAAAAGACAUUCAACGUCAAAGAUAAACACCUUGAAAAGGCAACGCGGGAUAAAGAACAGAUUGAACAAGAACUUGAGCGGAUGAAGCGAAAGAUUGAGUCCAUGUCGCAGUCGGACAACCCUGCUGAAGAAGAGCUACGACAAGAAUGUGAAGAACUUCGCACAUUACUCAAAUGCAGUGCAUGUCAUACAAGGUUCCGAUCGCAUCUAUUGUUACGUUGCAUGCAUACUUUCUGUAAAGAAUGUAUCGACAUUCGCAUUGGUACUCGCCAACGCCGAUGCCCGAGUUGUGGUGAAUCAUUUGGAUCGUCAGAUGUCCGCCAGUUUUACUUUUAGACACAAUUUAAUAUAUUCCCCCCAUUUUCAAAUUAUAAUAAAACCAAUACAAUCAUUCAAAUAUC